CCCAGAAAUCAAAGCUGCUGCAGAUCUGGAAGCUGGAGUCGCCUGUCUGGUCUGGAAAACACUCGUCAAGUAAACACACCAUCCAGUCCAUGUGGAAGAAUGGCACGAUGGAAACCUUUACUCCAUGCGACUCUGAUAUCUGUGAUGAUGAUGAGUUUAUUACAAGUGCAGCUAUUACAUGGACAACAAGUGGCAGAAGACUCCUGUACAAUUCAGAUCCUUGUCCCUGGACUCAAAGGAGAACCAGGAGAAAAAGGACAAAAAGGAACGCCUGGCAGACCAGGAAGAGUCGGCCCUCCAGGAGGGAACGGAGAACCUGGGCUUAAAGGACAGAAAGGAAUUAUGGGACAUCAUGGAAAAUUUGGCCCAAGUGGAAUAAAAGGGGUUAAAGGUGACAUGGGCGACCCAGGACCUAGAGGUCCUAACGGAGAGCCAGGUGUUCCAUGUGAGUGCGCGUCAAUGAGGAAGACGAUUGGAGAAAUGGACAUCGUCGUGGCUCACCUGUCCUCAGAACUGAACUUUAUUAAAAAUGCACUGCCCUCCCCUGCAGCUGUUGCAGGCAUAAAAGAGACAGACAGUAAGGUCUAUCUGUUGGUGAAGGAGGAGAAGCGCUACGCCGACGCCGAGGCUUACUGCCAGGCGAGGGGGGGGCACCUGGCCAUGCCGAAGGACGACGGAGCCAACGCGGCCAUCGCCGGCUACAUAACAGAGGCAGGCCUGAGCAGAGUCUACAUCGGCGUUCACGACCUGGACCAGGAAGGGCUUUUCACCUACGUGGACCGCUCCCCGAUGAGCACCUUCAGCAGGUGGAGGCAAGGGGAGCCCAACAACGCCUACGACGACGAGGACUGCACGGAGAUGGUGGCGUCCGGGGAGUGGACCGACGUGGCCUGCCAUCCCACCAUGUUCUUCAUCUGUGAAUUUAACAAAGACUCUGUGUGAGAACGGGGAUAAAACCACACACUACUGGAGCGAUUAACUACAUUAGUCAUGAAUGGUCAUGAUUAAUCGAUAGUUGAAAUAAUCUUCAACUAAUUUAGUAAUUGAUUAAUCAUUCAAUUAAUCAUUUACUGGAGUACACUGAUUUUAAAGAGGUUGUUUGCAAAAAGAAAGACAUACUCAAAGAUGUAAUUAAGCCAAAACUGAACAAAAAUAUAUAAAUUUUGCAUUUAAGAUAAAAUAUAUGUAUUUGUGUAUAAAUCUGUUCUAUCCAGUCAGAACUGCUCCUAACUUCACGUGGUUCAAAAUCUUCAAUUAAAAAAAGAAAUCUAUCUCCUGUAAAGAACAUUUUCCUAUCUAAUUAUUAAUUGGUUCAUCCAA